GGAGGGAGGGAGGCUCGGACGGCGGCGGCGGCGGCGGCUCCUGCGCCUUCCAUGAGCCCGCGGCGGACCCUCCCGCGCCCCCUCUCGCUGUGCCUCUGCGUCUGCCUGGCCGCGGCGGCGGCGCGAGGAGCCGUGCAGCCCGCUCUUGCCCCUGUUCUUUGGCUCUCGUUUUGUUGGUGAAGAUAGCACAGUGAUGUCUGCAUUCAACCUGCUGCAUUUGGUGACAAAGAGCCAGCCAGUGGCCCUCCGAGCCUGCGGGCUUCCCUCAGGGUCAUGUAGGGAUAAAAAGAACUGUAAGGUGGCCUUUUCCCAGCAGGAACUGAGGAAGCGGCUGACACCCAUGCAGUAUCAUGUCACCCAGGAGAAAGGGACCGAAAGUGCCUUUGAAGGAGAAUAUACUCAUCACAAAGAUCCUGGAAUAUAUAAAUGUGUUGUCUGUGGAACUCCAUUGUUCAAGUCAGAAACCAAAUUUGACUCUGGUUCAGGUUGGCCUUCAUUCCACGACGUGAUCAGUUCUGAGGCCAUCACACUCACUGACGACUUUUCCCACGGGAUGCACAGGGUGGAGACAAGCUGUUCUCAGUGUGGUGCUCACCUUGGGCAUAUUUUUGACGACGGGCCCCGUCCAACCGGCAAGAGAUACUGCAUCAACUCGGCCUCCUUGUCUUUCUCGCCUGCGGAGAGCGCGGCCGGGGGUGGCGGGCCCAGUGGCCCAGCCCAGGCAGACCAGGAGGAGCUGUAAGAGUGCCGGGCUCCAGAGAAACAAGUGUACUUAUCGCACAGCUUAUUAACAGAAUUCAGGAUUGUCUAUCUUAGAUAUAUUUUUUCAAAACAAAAACAAAAAAUACAGGGUCAGUUUUGUGCUAUUGAUAUAUUUCUUCUUUUGCUUAAACAGAGGCCCUGGCCACCAACGUAUUUUGCUAUUGACUAGAUCCGGAACUGUUUAUAUCUUUUAGCGGGCCGCGACAGUUUUGUGAAACUUCUCCACAAGCCACUUCAGUACCAUUUGGCAUAAUUUCCCUCAUCACAUAGCUUCUUUUGAGAUGUGUUUCCCCCCGAUGUCAGAGGCAGCAGUGAAAGCGGAGCCCUCCUGGCGCUGUAGGGGCCUGAGCUCUGAGCGGGGAGCAGGGAGGAGACCUGUGAGACACAUGGCCCCGGGCAUUUCACAGAUAAGGAUGGAGUGAUGUCUCCUGAGACUUCUUAGCUUUGCGGACUGUUUGAGCUAAGGUCGUUUAUUCUCACUAAAAGGGUGUGAAGGUCUAAAGUCUUUCCUUAUGUUAAAUUGUUGCCAGAUCUGAGGGGGCGCAGGGAGCGUUGUGGCAGAGAAGUAAACAUUACCUCACGGCAGCGAGGCCCUUACUUUAUUUUCCAUUGAAAAACGAUAGAAUGUAAGACGACUGUACAACGGGGAGCCCCAUUCUGCCCAGAGUUCACAAAGAGGAACACCUGCCCUCGCCUUGUAGAAGUCUGUCCCUGCACAGCGCAUGUCAGCUGAGUCUGGAAGGGCGUGCUGGUGGGUUCCUCGUUGCCCACCACACUAUCAGGAACAAGCAUCUCACCAGGCAGCAGAAACUGGAGAGCAGGGGUGUCCCGGGAGGAUGUCCCCGGGGGCCGGGUAGCCAGUAUCAGGCAGGAGAGCUGACAGGGUCCUGCCAGUAGCACCGGACACCCAAAGGGAGGGGCUCUGUGCACAGGCUCAGGCGAACUCUGGAGAGAGGGUGUGAGUUAACAUAAGGAAUAGCCAGGAGUUCAGUCCCACCCUUGACACUGAUCGGUUGUGUGGCAAGAGACAAGCCAUUUCGCCUCUCCAUGCCGCCUCUUCAUGUACAAACUGAGACAUGCAAUAUUUGUAGAACAAUCGACACUCUCAGGGCAAAAUUAUGAUCUUGCUGCACAGUGAAGAUCAGUGUUGUGAGAUUAAACUGAUCUGGUUCUGGUAGCCCUUGAGGCUGAAACCCCGGCAUUUGAAAUGGAAAGGAGUAGAGAGGAGGCUGCCUUAGCUGAUUGGUAUGUAAACAGCCGGGCUAAGGGCCAGAACUGUUUCUUUGUAGCAGCGUGGCUGGCCUUACUCUGAGGAGCCCUGCUCAGCUGCUGUAGAACAUUCGGGCGGGUGCGAUGGCUGUCACUGUGCAUGGAUAUGAGCCGUGCUGAUGGGAGUUGGUAUCGCCGCCACCAGGUUUUUAUGACUGAUAGAUUUUGUCUCUGUGGCCUUGAACGCUAAUCCUGAAAUGUAGUUUUUGGAAAAAAAAAACACACAUUAAUUUUGUAAAUCUUUGAAAACAUAAAAAUUGACAUAUUUCCUGAUAUGCACACAGACAAAAAUAAGAAAGAGGGACACCUGACAGUUUUAGAGAAAGAUGAGAAACUAAAAUGAAAAGUUGUGACAAAUCAAGAUGUCAGUGCGGUCAUGUCUGCAUUCUUCCAAGUCUCCACCCGCUUCCUGGGGAGGCCCCGAGGUGAGGUGCCGGUGCCUCCUGGUCCUCGAGGCCCCGCUUCCCAUUCCAGAUAAGUUAUGCUCGUCUUCCCUCACUGCCAGGUGUUUCCCCUCAGGCCAGGGUCGCGGGGGAAUUUGCAGGUUUCACUCCCCUGUAGACAGACAUGAGAUAUAAAAUUUAAGAUCAUUGAAGCCUCAGCAUCCAGACAGCUUUAGAAGCUGCUCCUGACCUCACAGAAGGAGCCCCAACAUUACCCAGUGACCCAGCGAUCCCCUGCGGCAUCGGCCAAAGAAGUGGGUCUCCCCGGACAUUUCCUGCCGCGGUGCAAGCCUGUCCUUUGGGGGUCCGCGCAGCGCUUCUCACAUCCCCCCGAGUUAGGUGUGGCGGCCUGCCCCGGGGUCCAUUGGACACAAGCCACAGUGUCGGGAUAGACAAGGAAGAUAAACGAGGGGCUUCUUUCCUCUCCCCAGAGACUCUGGGUUCUUAGCGUUCCUUCUCUUUUAUUGUAGGGCUUAACAUUUCCCUCAAAAAAAAAAAAUCUCCGUUUCUAAUCCUUAGUCUUUGUUUCACGGGAAGCCAGUUUUUAUUCUACCACGUUUCCCAGCAUCAACUUGAAGAAAAAUGUAGCAUCCAUCG